GAUAUUAUUGUCUCUAUAGUCCAAAUAUUUUUUAUUGAAAAGAAAAGAAAAGAAAAGAUACGUGAUUGCUUUGAGAGAUACUUUAAUUCAGCCAACUCAUAAAUUCAUUUCUUGUUUUAUCUAACUGAGUUUUCAUUUCUUUUCCUUUCCUUUCUAUCUCAUUUCUCUCAUCUUUCUUUCCUUUUUUUUUUUCUCUAGUUUCAAAUGCAAGUCAACUUGUAUGUACAGGUACUUUUGAAGGUCUUUUUUUUUCUUCCUACUUGGUUGGUUAUUUUCUCUAGUGGUAUGGUGUCUCUCUCUCUUGCUGUUCUCUGUAAUGUUUGUGUGGUCUCUUCGUCUCUUUUUUUACUUGGUUGGUCUCUCCCUUUCCGUUUCCUUCGUCUGUCUCUCGUUGUCAUGGUAUUUUCUUCCAGAAUCCUUUACUACGUGUAUUUGUUUGAUUAUUUAAAUUAUCCUGCUAUGAUGUUUUGCGUAUGUACCUAUUGCUACUAUCUAUUGCUGUGAUGAUUUAAUAAAAAUGUUUCUUUGAGUGUAUUAUGUAAUAAAGUACAUGGUCUAUCUUACGGUAUCAUCAAUGACAUCGUUAUUUUCGCUAAGAGAGAAGACGAACAGUCAACAGUAUACAGGUACAACUUGCUAUUAUCAUGGGUGGUGAUGAUGAUUG